AUGGAGAACGUGUCGCCAGCUGGGGACCUGUCUAAGGAUGUGGUAGAGCAGACAGGGACCACGCCUGUUGAUGUUAAGCCGCAGACGCAGACCGAGACACAGCCGGAGACCAAGGCCGAACCGCCGAAACCUGAAGUAGACGACGAUGAAGACUCGGAUUUUGACGAGUUAGAUGACGUCCUAGACGACUUCUCCAAACCAAAACCAGCUCCCGCACCUGCUCCCGCACCAACGGCAAACCCCGAUGCAUCAUCAACGGGCGUCGCACCGGCAGACUUCGACGAAGAUGCUUUCCUUAAACAACUAGAAGCAGACAUGGCUAAUAUGAUGGGCGGGGGCGGGGCACCAGCUGGAGCCGGAGCAGGAACAGGCAACCGGGCAGAUUUCCAAGCAACAGUCGACCAAGGCGCCGACGUGUUCGCAAAACAACUCGAAGAAAGUGGCAUCCCACCGGGUGAUUUCCUGAAGCAGUUGCUUGCGGAUGUUAUGGCUGAGGAAGGUGGUGGUGGUGGUGGUGCAUCAGCCGAGGGACUCGCCGCUGCGGCUGCAGCUGCUGGACUUGGCGGAUCUGGUACUGGAACUGGAACUAGCUCUGGGUCAGGCUCCGGUCAGACAAACAAAAACUCAACCGCCGCAGGCACUAAAUCAACAGACGGCCCGGCCGACUCCUUCAACGAUGCCAUCAAGCGAACAAUGGGCCGAAUGAAAGAAUCGGGCGAGAAAGCCACCGCAGCUGCAAGUAACGAGGACGACAUCUCGGAUGAUAUGCUAGCGCAACUACUCAAAGCGGUCGAAGCAGGCGCAGCGGGUGCAGGCGAUGAAGGCGAUUUGUCGAAGAUGUUCAUGGGGAUGAUGGAGCAGCUUUCUAAUAAGGAGAUGCUGUAUGAGCCUAUGAAGGAGCUUGAUGGGAAGUUUGGGCCUUGGCUUGCUAAGAGUAAAGCUGAGGGGAAGGUUUCUGAGGAGGAUAUGGGGAGGUAUGAGACUCAGGCUAAGGUUGUUAAGCAGAUUGUGGGGAAGUUUGAGGAAGCUAAUUAUUCGGAUGAGGAUCCGAAGUGUCGGGAGCAUAUUUGGGAGAGGAUGCAGGAGAUGCAAGCUGCUGGUAGUCCGCCUGAGGAACUUGUCUCUAAUCCUCUUAUGGAGGAUCUGGGUGGGCUUGGUGCUGGGGCUGCUGGGGCUCCCGGUAUGCCUGACUGCCCACAGCAGUGA